GUCUUUUAACUCGAUUUAAACUCAAACCCUGUUGUAACCCUAGCUUCUCUUCUGUUUCUCGUUUUCGCUCGCUCUCUGCUUUCGUAGUCACUGUAGGUACAACAACUCUCUCUCUCUUCCUCGCUCCCUCUCGCAUCGCGUAGGGAUGGAGUACGUGAGUCCGGAAGGACUCCGGCUAGAUGGACGCCGUCCCAUGGAGAUGAGACAGCUUCGGGCGGAAAUAGGUGCUGUCGCGAAAGCUGAUGGUUCUGCUGUUUUUGAGAUGGGUAACACCAAAGUUAUUGCUGCUGUAUAUGGCCCCAGAGAGGUCCAAAACAGGAGCCAACAAAUGAAUGACCAAGCGCUGGUUCGUUGUGAGUAUAGCAUGGCUAAUUUUAGUACCGGAGAUCGCAGGAGAAAACCAAAGGGCGACAGGAGAUCCACGGAGAUAUCUCUGGUUAUUCGCCAGAGCAUGGAAGCAUGCAUUUUGACUCACCUAAUGCCUCGUUCUCAGAUAGACAUAUUUGUCCAAGUUCUCCAAGCAGAUGGAGGAACAAGAUCAGCAUGCAUAAAUGCUGCAACUCUGGCCCUCGCAGACGCAGGAAUUCCGAUGCGUGAUCUUGUUACUUCUUGUAGUGCUGGAUACCUCAAUACAACUCCUCUGCUUGAUCUAAACUAUGUAGAAGAUAGUGCUGGAGGCCCUGAUGUCACUGUAGGAAUUCUAUCAAAACUGGACAACGUGACACUUCUUCAGAUGGAUGCUAAACUACCAAUGGAUACCUUCGAAAAUGUCAUGCAGCUCGCUAUAGAAGGUUGCAAGGCAGUGGCAAAUUACAUUCGAGAAGUAUUACAAGAAAACACAAAGCAACUAGAGUAUCGUCGGGGUGUAUAGCUUCUAGUCAGGACUCAGGGUACAGAACUUCAGGCCUUUCUUCAGCUGUUGAGAGGUUAUUAAUCUUCACUUCUUAUGUACUUUUGGAAAUUUCGCAUGGAUUUGGUUUGCUUUAUUCUAUCAGAAAAAUAGCACAAUUGCAUUGGUGGAUGGCAUGCCUAGGUGGCAAGUAUGCUUAUCUUGUUUCUGCCAUCUUUGUUUUUCGUUUAAAAAAAAAUUUGUUGAGACACUUGAAUUUUGUGAUAUGGGUUGUUUAUCCUUAAAGUUGUACAUUUUAGUGAGACAAACGAGAAAAAAAAGAGCUGCAGGAGGCAGUUGGGGUUCUUCUCAGAUUAUUAGUACAGAAAUUGAAUGUUGAAAUUCUAGUGACAAUUACUAAUUUAGUUUGAUUAGUGCACUUUAUUUGUUCUGCUUUCUGGUUUCCUUGUUUUCCAUU